CGGAUUUUCACCAUGACCAAGAUCAAGAGGGUCUUGGGCCUUUUGCCGAGGCUCUUGGCCUUCGGUGCAACCCUUUCGGCAACAAUUGUCAUGGCUACAAGCCAUGAGAGAGUCAACAUUCUUGGAUUCUCGUUUGAAGCUAAGUAUACAGACGCAUCAGCCUUAAAGUUCUUUGUGAUAGCUAAUGCAAUAGUGAGUGCUUAUGGACUAUUAGUUCUGUUUCUUCCUUGGGAGAGCUUGCUCUGGCGAUUAGUAGUUGCUCUCGAUGCGGUCUUCACUGUAAUAUUGACGUCAAGCAUAUCUGCGGCAUUAGCAAUAGCUGAAGUGGGGAAGAAGGGGAAUUCUCAUGCAGGUUGGCUGCCCAUGUGUGGUCAAGUACCCAAAUAUUGUGACCAAGUAACUGGAGCUCUAGCUGUUGGGUUCAUUGGACUCAUAAUCUAUGUGGUGCUCCUUCUGUAUUCCAUAUAUGGAGCACUGAAUCCUCUUCUCGUUCUUAAGUUCUAGCAAUUAAAUGUCAAUUUUGCCAGCAUGAAAUGGUGACGUUCAUGUCUUGUCUUUGUAAACGGGCCGGUUAAUUAUCCGAAAG